AUGGCCCGUGGAGGACGCAGCACCAGUCAGCUCUCCUCCAGCCCUGGAGGAGGCUCGGCAGUGGAGCUGGUGAGAGGAGGAGACGAGCAGACUCUCGACAGCCACCACACCACUGGGCUCACCGCCAUAUUCUCUGAUGUGUCCAGUUUUGCCUCUGGGAAACACAGCUCAAAUCUCGGGUUUGACACCAGCUCAGCACAGAGACAGACAUCGUCUGGAGGAGGAAACAGAGGCCCACUACCAGUCAUGAUGGAGGGACUGUCGCCCAUUGCAGACAGGACCGAAGUCUCGUUUGACACACAGCACGGAGAUCUCGAGUUCCCGGACCUAGACGUGUCGUACGGAAGCAGUGGAGCUCCUCAAGGCUACCACCAAGGAAACUGCCACGAGGCUCACUGCUCUCCCGUUCUUGAGAGUCGAACCUCUGGCUUACCUCAGCCAUGUUGCGAGCAGGAUGGGAGGAAGACUGGAGAGUUGGUGACGUCACAAGCACUCAAUGUCAGUCAAGACAAACCAUACGGUACCAUCACGCUCCACAGAGGACCACGUUUCUGAGACCACACAGCCCAUACACACAAAUAUCAACUA